GAGUCACAGACCUGUCACCACCGUGUCCAGAAAGCCAGGUGGGCAGCAACGUAUGCAUUCAAAAGCAGGCGCACCACAGCAUCGAGGAGCGAGUGACACCGUCCCGGCAAUUUAAUCCUCACAGGCCGCCCUCAAUCAACGGCGGUGCAACUAGUUCACUAAAACCAACCCCGUAAACGAUUGCCUGCAGAACCACCAUGCCAUUUGAUGGAUUCUCUCCUCUCAUCUCGUCUCAACUCCAGUACCUCCUCAAUCACUUCCCUCACACGAUCCAGAUUGAGCAGGCUUGGUCAGGCACCAGGUACUUUCCUGGAAGUCUUGAUCGAUUCACAUUGCUCAUUCCCUACUGUCUAGACUACAUAAAAUGGGAUAUUAUAUACAAUGCUGAAUUUCCAUUAGCUGCGCCGGAUGUUAUAUUUGGUCCCGAGGAUGAUGGUUUCCAUCCAUUUCUUGUCGUAGGAAGAGAGGAAGGGGAUUCGAGGCUCGUUAAGAACAGUUUGACUGAUUGGAACAAUAAAGAUCCUUCACGGCUGUUGGCUCUCGUAAUGGAAUUGAGGGAUAAAUAUAGGUCUUACCAGGAGAGACGCGUGGGAGAAGUUGAUGAUGAUAGGUUGAAGUUUGAAAUUAGUACUAUUGUAUCUAGGGAGGGAAUUGAAAUGCAUAUGAGUUCUGGUGUUGAAAAGCCAGGGGAGGUUAAAUUUGCUGUGCCUUUAAUGGACAUGAAUAUAAAUAAAAUGGUGCUUGGAUGCCCCUGGAGUCAUCCACAAAAGAUAUACUUACAGGUUAUUUAUCCUGUUGGUAGAAAGUAUGCACCUGCUACUUCAGCACCUCGUCUGAAAUUAAUGUGCGCUCAUGAGUUGAAAGCCCUGUUUUCUAUUGAUGAAGUCAAACUUCCUGCAUGGUUGGAUGGAAUGUGCAUGGCUGAAUAUCUUCCCCACCUGGAAGAACUCCUUCAGAGACAGGUCUUAGAGGCAGUUACGUUAAUUGAUGUUAGAAGGCAGUUUAUCGAGGCAUUAUCUCCAGUAAUUGGAAGGCCGCUAGAAGCUGAUCCAGUUUUUUGCAGAAAGGCUUCAUUUCUUGUCUGUUCUGGACCAUUUACAUUCCUGGUGCAUUUUUUCCUCUCAACUCAGUUUCCAAAACAGCGGCCUUCUCUAAUGUUUCAAAGUAUUCAGCAUUUGAAUUCCCUUGGCAUGCCGGUCAAGUCACCUCUGAUUACAGAGUAUCUAUGGAGUCCUAGAUGGGAACCCUCACAAAUGGCUGAGCGGAUCUCUGACUUUUUGGUGGAUGAAUCUCUAAAUUUCAAAAGGCACUGCAACGAAUCUCAACUUCAACACUAGAGCUGUUAGCUUUCCUUGAUGCCUAAUACCCGGCACCAUUCCAGUUGUCCAAAACCGCUGCAUGAAACUCCUUAAUAGUACCAUUUUCAAUCAGUGUGGAGUAAGCUGGCCCUCCCGUUUGUUGUAAUUAGUUCGAUGGCAGAUAAGUUUUUCUUCUGUUCUGAAAGCAUUGAAAAGUUUGCUAGUAUUAUCCAUGGUUGUCAAAUCGAGAUUCGACUCCUGAAUUGGAAAACCGAAUUUUGAUAUCGUGAAUCAUAUGGAAUCUUGAACCAUAAGAUUCAGUAACAAAUGAAAAUGGCACUAUUAACGUAUUAAA